AUGGAUCGAGAAGAGGAUUCCGGAAGUGGAUCAAGAAAAGAGCUGAGGGAACGGUUUAGAGAGUUUUCGGGAAAAAGGAUCAGAAAGAGCGAGACUAUAAGGAGGACUUGGCAAAUCGAUAAAGAAGAGGACCGAAAAGGUGCACGGUGGGAGAGAGUUCGGAAAAUGGGUAGGGAUAGUGGGAUUAAGAAAAUGGAUCGAGAGGGGAAUUCCGGAAGUGGAUCAGGAGAAAAUUUUGAGUGUGAUUUAGGGAGAAACGGAAUAAAGUGUUAUUGUUUGGUUUCAUCAAUAAUUCUACAUCUUUAA